UGAAUGCUUCAAGGGGACAGCUAGCUGGUCCCGGCGGUCUGCUGGGGGGCUUCGGCAAUGCGGCCGCGGCAGAUGCGGCGAUGGAGCGGUUGAAGAUGCUGGCAGGGGUGGGCCCCACCCGUCUUGGCGCUCACGAACGGCAGUCUCAGGCAGCUGGUCCCGAGUCUCAAGCUUUGGCAGAACAUGCAGCCGAAGCAGUGGAGGCGGAGGAGCUAGAUCAGGCUCUGGAGGCAACCCUGGCCGACGCAUCGGACCCGAUGCAAAAGCUGAUGCUACUCCAGAUGAAGCAGAUGGCUCUGAUGAACAAGAGUUUCAACCACCGGCAGCCCUCAGAUCCCAUCCAGGCCUUGCUCGGGUCAGGCGGGGGCGACAAUCAAGGGGGCAGCACCAGCGGCAUCAAGGGUUGCCUGGCCAGGGAAGCUUACGUGAAGAUCACGGAGGACCUUCACAAGCUGGCUUCGGUGGCCGAAAGCAACGCCACCGCCGAGCUCGGGUUGAGCGCUUACCAGGUGACUCCGGGCAUCAUGCGAGACUACUUGGAGCGGAGGGUGCCUCUGGGCAACUUUCGGCAGUUGACCCAGUUCGGGUAUCUGGCCGCUUCCGGAUGGGAGAUUGGUGCUCGAACCAACAACAAAGAGCUCCAGGGGUUUUGCGCCAAGCUGCUGAUGUUUGUGGAACAGACUGCACUGGACUCAGGCCGCACAAAUCUGAGUUGGCUGAUGACGGGACUAGCAGAUCCCAACUUUACCCUGACGCAGCAAAACACUCAGAAGAGCGGGCUGAAACCGUUCACUCGGCUGGCGUCUGCAAGCUGGCUUCCAUUCAGGGACCGUUCCAAACCUUUGCCAGGCUCUUCUAUGUCAGCGCGGGGAGGCCCUGCCUCUACUGCGACUUUUGGUCGGGGGGCGGAACGGGACCUGCGCCCAGCCCUUGAGUUGGAUGCGUGUGAGAACGGUGGUGCAGAAGAGGCCAAAGUUCCUGGAGGCCUAGUUUUUGGUCAGCCUGGCCAAGCUCUGCCUUCUGCAAUUAGAUGCAAUGAGAUCAUGCUAGCUGUUUUGCAGGUGGCUAGCAAUCCUGCAAGUUGUUUUGGAGGUUUCCUGAGAAAGAGCCUCUGUGAAUCUCGCGCUGCUAUCGGAACUGCUCCAAGAUCCGAUGUGUGGCCAUGUCCCCCACCCCGGUGGCGUUGGACGGCCAGCCAGCACCUUUCUCCUCGACGACGUCAUCGUCGAAAGUUUCUCAUGGUUCGGGCAAAGCUUUUGCAAAGGAUUGUAAUCACGCUCAACUGGCUGACCUUGGGACAUGCUCAGUCUCCUCCAGAGCACUGCCGUUUGGGAGCACCAAUCUCUGCGGCGCAGCAUGCCGCUUUGGAGAGGUUGGAGGAGAUGGUGGACUAUUUUUUGAGAGCCCCCGUUGCAUCUCCCACUGACCUAGGCCGGGCUGGAGAAAAGCUGGAGAAUUUAUUGAAAGCAUCUUUUUCUUUGCAUGAUUUUAAUUCACUGAGUUUCAACGAUGUGGUAAGUUUUUUAGAUGUGAUCCAAAAAGAUCUUGACCCUUACAGCAAAGAGCCAACAAACAAUGCAGCAGCUUCUGCCCAGCAUGCAUCUAAUGUUUGCAGUGGAGCCGAGCCGGCUACAGCAUAUAAGGUGAAGUUGGCUACAUCACCUGCCAAACAGGUUUUUUCAGACAGGAUUAAGUGGAAGUUAGGUCCGUCUUUUGACCCCAAACCUUACUUGAGCGAUCCUAUUGUUCAUGCUGCUUUCCAAGAUCCUGAAGUCCUUCGUAAACCUGUUGGCGACUGGCCUCAGCGGCCGCGGGCUCGUGUUCACUGCUCUCGCGAAGAGGUUUUGCGUCUGGCGGAAAAGUGGGACAAGCUCGGCGCUUGCAUGCUGAUCCCCACGAAUGAGAUCAGAGCUGACGAAGCCGUUGGUCUGUUUGCUGUUCCUAAAGAUCAAGAUCACGAUCGACUUAUUAUCAAUCCCACAGUUAUCAACUCACGGAUGUAUAAUGCAAACACCUUCACCAAAACAAUUGCGCCUGGUCAUUUGGUUGGUAUGAUACGGCUGAGACCUGAUGAAGAUCUUCGUAUUAGUUCGGAUGACCUUUGCGAGUUUUACUACACCUUCAAGGUGUCUCGUAGUAGGGCUGCAAGGAAUGCAAUUGGGGUUUCAUUUGUUGGCAGUGAGCUCUCCCACCUUCAGUGUUACAACCCACAGUUACAUCAGGAGUCAGUUUAUAUCUGUUUGGCUACAUUGGCAAUGGGCGACGGGUUGGCAGUUGAAAUUGCACAACAAAGUCAUUACAACUUACUUCGACAGUUGGGUGGAUGCAUGGACCCCAAAGAAGUUUUAGCCUAUCGUCGCGCAAUCCCCAAAGGGCCUUUCUAUGAACUUUUGACCAUUGAUGAUCAUAUUGGGUUGCAACGGGUAAAAAAGGGUUUUCCUUUGGGUCAACAGCCAACCCGGGACAAAGCAGUUUUCAAGCAGUCUGAACGAGCGUAUGCAGCAGUGGGACUUACCCCUCACCCAGGAAAAAGACAAAGGCAAGUUUCAGCGGCCACCGUUUUGGGGGCCGAAGUUGAUGGAGUUGUUGGUAGGGUGUCUGCACCGCGUUCUCGUCUUGCAGUCCUCAUGUUUUGCACUGCGGUUGUGGUUCAAAAGAAGUCAUGCACCAAGAAGAUUCUGCAGAGUUUGAUUGGGUCAUGGGUUCAUGCAUUGUUAUUUCGCAGAUGUAUUUUUUCAGUGUUGGAUGCAAUUUACAAUGAAGGAAACCAUCAACCUCCUGAUACAGUUUUUCCCCUUUCUCCCAAAAGCCUGAGUGAGCUGACCAUGCUGAUGCUUCUGGGUGUCCUGGCACAAUGCGACAUGCGGGCAGCUAUAUGCCCGGAGGUGUUCAUGAUGGACGCAAGUCCAUAUGCUGGAGCAGUUUGUUCCUCCUCAGUGGCUGAAGAUGCCGUCGACCGGCUGUGGCUUUUGUCUGAGCAGCGAGGGUAUUAUACCCGUCUGGAGCAAGGGCCUGGAGUAGUGCUGCGUGAAAAAGGUUUAGAUCAUGCUGAGCUGUUUGGUUCGGAAGCUGGUCCCUUGAGUUUACCUGAAGGACCGAUGCCCUGUUUGCCAAUGACCUCUGAGGAGCGGGAAACGUUCCACUGCCUUGAGUUGUUUAGAGGCCAGGGAAACUGGAGCGUUGCUCAUGAAGAGGUGGGCCUUAGGGUCCAUCCUGGAGUCGAAAGAAAUGAGCGGGGUGUCCGCUUUGGCGACCUGAGUGAUGACAGCACUUUCCUAGGGCUUUUGCGACUAGCCGACAGCGGCACUGUCGAGGAGUGGCAUGCAGCUCCCCCUUGCUGGUCUUUUGGAACCCUCAGGAGACCUCGUUUGAGGUCAAAAGCUCAGCCCUUCGGUUUUGACCCUGCUGACCCUCUGACCGCUGAACAGACGCGUUUGGCGGUGCGGACAGCCUUCCUUCUUUUGGUAGCUUUGGGGGUGCUGGCUUACAAAAUUUUGUUUCUGCAGUUUUGGCAGUGCUUUCAACAAACCUUCGAAGUCUAUGGUCGGUUGCCGGUUCCUGGAGAGGCGGUGAGCGCUUUCUCGGCUUCCUAUCCCCGUGAGCUCUGCCGAGCCAUGGCACGGGGUUCUGCAGAUUUUUUCCUGGAGUUGGGUCGCAAAGCAGGGCCCUUAGAAGAGAAUGGCAACUUGCGACCAUGGCAUGAGGACCCUGAUUGGGUGCAUGAUUUGUGUGAGGGGUUGCGAUACAGGGAACUGUUUCGCUAUCGUUUCAAAAAAGGUGGGCAUAUCAACUGUCUGGAAUGCCGAGUUUACAAAAGCUGGCUGAAGCAUUGCGCCAAGCGGUGGCCGGGCUGCAGAGUUCUGGGACUUUUAGAUAGCCGUGUGACUCUUGGAGCGGCAGCCAAAGGUCGCAGCAGUUCAAAAGCUUUGAGUCAUAUUUUGAAGACGUCUCUGGGCUAUGUGCUGGGGUGCGGAUUAUAUCCAGGUGGGCUGCAUGUGCGGUCAGCAUGGAACCGUGCGGAUGGGCCUUCGCGAGAUGGCAAAGUUGCUCCUCCCACCUGUGAACGACCCACCUGGCUUGCAUGUCUGGAGCAGGGCGACGACAGUUUGUUUGAAAUCAUGCUGGAAAGUGCAAAGUGGAGCCGUCCGUUAGGGCGGAAUCCGGGCCCCUCUGAGAACAAAGCCUACAAGCCCCGCGGGCAGCUCAGUAUGGUUGUCGGGCUCUCGCGGACGACCGUCGCGCGGAUGGAUGCUUGUUUGACCUUUUUUGAAGAGUGGCUUCAGAAGGAGCUGAAAUGGGAUCUGAACAUGGCCUUGAGCAGUGCGGAGAACGCAAACCUUUCUUUGAGGGCGUAUGGGCGCGCCACCUUUUCUGCUGGGAAACCAAGGUACCAACUGGUCUAUGCUAUCACCGGUGUGCAGCAUUUGAGGCCUGAGUUUCGGCCUUUCCUUGCAGGAGCCUGGCAGGUAGACAAACAGUGGCAGCUGAAAGAACCUGGACAGUGCAGAGCAGUGUUGUCUGCACCAGUUGUUCGCAGCAUUUGCGCCCUGGCCUUUUUAUGGAAAUGGUAUCGUUUUGGUGCCAUG